AGUUACACAGUAAUCAAACAGCAUUCUCUGUUCAUUGUUAUUGUUUUAAUUUUGUUUAACAAAUGGUUUUCAAUUAACAUUUUGUAGUUUUUGAUCAUCGCUAUAAUUAAAUUUCAUUAUGCUACCGUCUAUCAUUACAUAUGAAGGACCAAACGGUGUCAAAUUGUUGAAAUGGAAAAUUAAACCUGGCCAUCGAUUGACAUCGGGAACAUUAAUGUUUAUCUACUCUAACUCAAUAAAAUACAAAUCUAACAACUAUGGAACUACUAUGGAACUGUUGGUUAAGGAGGGAGACACGAUUUACAAUCAUGAUCCAAUUGUCAAAUAUAUUCCGUGCUCUCAUCCAACUGUAAUGAAAGAUCUUUGCGCUGAAUGUGGACGAGAUCUUCGAGAGUUAGAGGAUUAUUCAAAUGCAACAUCUGCUUCUGUUUGUAUGGUUCAUUCAGUUCCCGAACUGAGAGUUACUCAAGAACAAGCUGAGAAACUUGGCAAAGAUGAUGAAACAAGAUUAUUAAAGGAUGAAAAAUUGGUUCUACUUGUCGAUCUUGACCAAACAUUGAUUCAUUCAACCAAUGAACCUUUACCAGAAGGCUUAGAAGAUGUUUUUAAAUACCAACUAUAUGGACCCAACUCACCCUGGUAUUUCACAAAACUUCGACCUCAUACUACUCGUUUUUUGGAAAAUAUUUCAAAACUCUAUGAGCUUCAUAUUUGCACUUUUGGAGCUCGUAUGUACGCACAUAAAAUAGCUGAACUUAUUGAUCCUAAUCAAAAGUUUUUUUCACAUCGAAUACUUUCAAGAGAUGAAUGUUUUGACCCAACAUCUAAAACGGGUAAUCUUAAAGCGUUGUUUCCUUGUGGAGAUUCAUUAGUUUGUAUCAUUGACGAUAGGCAAGAUGUUUGGAACUUUUCACCUAAUUUGAUUGCUGUUAAGCCUUAUUUUUAUUUCAAAAAUACCGGUGAUAUUAAUUCUCCUUAUAAACCUAAAGAAUCAACUUUGGUUUAUGAAAUGACAAAAGUUAAAACUGAAACUGAGGAGACAACAAAGGACAAUCAAGAACCAUCGACCUCUACCAGUGAAAACAAACCAAUUGAGGAUACAGAUGAUUAUCUUCUCUACUUGGAAGACAUAUUGCAAAGAAUACAUAAAACUUACUUUCAUAAUUAUAAAGAUUUGAAAAAAUAUGUCAGUGAAGAAGAGGAGAUUAAUAUCCCAGACCUGAAAAAGAUAAUACCUCUAGUACGAAAGAAAACAUUGCAAGGUGUUAAUAUAGUGUUCAGUGGAUUAAUCCCAACAAAUAUGCCACCCGAAAAAAGCAAACUGUAUUCUAUGGCAAUAUCCCUUGGUGCCAAUGUAACCAAGGAUAUAAUUUUGAAUGGAUCACCAUUAGAGAAGACAACUCACCUUAUCGCAUCUAAAUUCGGUACAAUGAAAGUUACCAAAGCUCUAAAAUGUGACAAAAUUAAGAUUGUUAAUCCUCACUGGUUAUAUUGUUGUUCAGAAAGAUGGGAAAAAGUUGAUGAAAUUUUGUUUGAACUAAAAAAAGACGACAACUUCGAAGCUAUCCAAGAUAAACCUAAAUCAUCGCCAACACCGACACCAGAUAGUGGUUUUGAGGCUGGAUCCAGUAGUGGGGAGAGCUCUUCUCCUACUAAUGCAUUUGAAGAGUGUCCUGUUUAUGACUCAGUUACCGGGAAAAAAAUAAGCAAGAGUCAAAAAGACAAUCUUGAAUCAGCUGAAAGUAAAAUUUUGAGUAAACCAAGCAGUUCAAAGGUUUUUUUAGAUGAAGAUGAACUUCAAUCAGAGAAUAUGCACCAAUUCAGUUCUUUAUCGGGAUUCUCCAAAAAUGAUCUUCAGCUUAUGGAUAAGGAAGUUGACGAUGCUUGUUCUGAAGGUGAUGGUGUGUCUUCCGAUGAUGAAGAGGAUAAUUCCCGUCUAUUGGGUACCAGUUCUGAUGGUUAUAAAAGAAGAGUUGAAUGGGACUCUGAUGAAGAAGCGGACAUUGGAGAUGAAGAUGAAGACGAGGAAGGAGAACAAUCAAAGUUUUCGAAAAAUUGGAAUAAGAGUAAAAAAUGUAAAUUUGCUUGCACUCGGUUAGCUGAUGAUGAUGAAACUCGUGAUUCAUUUGCAGAACGUAGUGAUUCAUCGGGCAGCGAUGAAUACAACGAAUCUAUUGGGUCGGUUGAUGAAGAAAUGGCGGCAGCCGUUGAAAGGGAAUUUUUGAGUUAAGUGAUUAUUUUCACCGUUCUCAUUGCCAUCUAUACCAUUUCUCAUUAUCUUCAUCAUGUUCAUCUUCCCAUCUCACGUGAAUUUUCAUAAAUUUUUCCUCUCACUCUUCUCACCAUACUCCAGUUUACAUCCUCAUCCCAUUCAUUUUUGAUGCUAACAUUUAAUAUUAUCUUAAUGUUCGUAACCAUUGUAGUUAAAUGAAAGAAGGUUAAAUGUUAGCUCAAAAUGUUUUUGUGAAAUAACUUGAUAAAUAUUAACAUUCAAUAAAUAUUAGCGUUCUAUAAAUAUUCGGCUUUUAUUUGCAUCGUAUGAUUGAAAAUUAUUGUAAAAAUUUCAUUCUAUGAAAUCUCCAUACGACCGACUAUCGAUAGAUCGAAGCAAAUGCUCAAUAAGCAUUGCUCAUUAAACACAUUUCUACUCAUAUGUGAUUCAAAUCAUAAUAAAUAAUGUAAUGCAGUUUAAUUCUUUAAUUUACUGAUUUUUCUAUUACUAUUUUGUUUUAGUUUAUUAUUAAAUGUAUAUAAAUUGCCUUAGUGUCUUCUGAUAUUAUCUGGUCAUCAUGAUUCGCAACCCUGCACUCAAACGUGCAUUUCCAAUGAUUUUUGCUCCAAAACAAAUGGAAAAGAUUAAGAACCAUUGUAAAAUGAUUGGUGUACCCUUCAAAAUAGAUGAAAUAACGAGGACAUACCAGUUUUGGGUUGACAAUUUAUCCGUUGCCUCACACUAUGAUCGUGAUGAAAGACCCGUCAAUCAAAUUGAUACAAUCAAUAAUGUUUUGACUAAUAAAGCUCCUGAUCUAUUGUUUGUUGACACAGCUAAAAUGGAAGAGAGAAUUCAAAAAUUUUUUCAACUGGGCUUCGUCAACAAUAUUGAUAAGUUUUACGUAUUUCAUGAAGCACCUCAUGGUUGGUAUCUUCAAGAUUGGAAACAAUUCAUUCUUAAAUUCAAUUAUAUUCAAUAUAGAAUAAUGCCAUGGCUUUUACAUAAGCAAGAUGAUCAAUAUCCGACUCCACAUCCAUUGAUUAAAGUAUGUUCAGCUCUUGAACUUCCGUAUGAGCGAAUAAAAUCUCGAUUCCUUUGGGUUUCAUCAGCAGGAAUCUGUCCCCCAAAAUUCAAUGAAAAUGGUGGUGAUAAUCUCAAUCUAGUCGUGAUUCUCAAAAAUCUUCUCCUCACAAAUUCAAAGCAUUUCGUCAAGACUGCUACACCUGGUAUUCAUAUAAACGAAUAUGAGUUUUUUGAAAAAUUCAUUGCUCAUAACGAGACUGUCGAAGAUUCUAUUAUGAGUGAUAUCACUGAUCUACCUUCUAAAGAAGAAAGCUUUUAUUUAGAGAACCAUGGAGAUGAAACCGUCCGAGAAGCGUAUAAGGCUAGAAAUAAACGAAUUAAAUGAAAUUCAUCGAAUGACAUAUGAUAUUAUUAUAUGAUCGAGAUUAUGCAGUUUCAAUCAAGCCAACUGGGAUUGAUAGAGCAUCAUUAAUUCAACAAAAAUUAGAUUAUUAAAAUAAUAUCUUUGCUUGGAAAGCAUUUGAGAUAUUUAUUAUUGAGAUAAUACAGAUCAUCCUUGUUUCCAUUUUAAUCUUGUAGAUCAUCAAAGAAAGAAACCCAUGUUGAUAUAUUGUAUCUAAAUUCAGCUUAAUGGAAGGUACACAAAGCCCUGAACUGGGACGAAAUUAAAGUUGUUAAUCUACACUGGUUAUAUCGUUCAGAAAGAUGGGAAAAGUUGUACUAUUUGGAUGCUAUCCUAUUUGAACAAAAAUCAUUUUCAUCACGAGCACCAGAUACUGGUUUUAAAAUCUAUUAAUUAAAUUUUGAAUACACCUGAA